GCAGCUGCAGCCGGAGACCAGCCCAGGGUUUACCGCCCGCGCCGCCUGCUAAACCCUCCCCCAUUCCGCCUACCUCGCUGCCGCCGCCGCCGCCUUCCAGAACCACCGGUGGCCAGGCGACGCGGUCGACCGAGCCAUGUGGGCUCUGAGAAGCCUCCGCCGGAACCUCCCGAAGGCAACCUCUUCGUCGCUCCACCGGAGGUGCGCCCCGUCGAUUAGCUCCGAGGACUUCGCGGCGAGGGGGCGAGGGGGCGAGGCGGCUGCGGCCUCAAUAUCAGCCGCGUUAGUGCCGGCGAGCACGGACGGCGGUGGGGUAUGCCGGCGGUUGAUGUCGACGAGCAAGGGGAGAAUGCGGAGCAAGGUGGAGAAGCGGAUGGGGAGGGAGACCGGCCGCACGCAGAGGGAGCUGCGCCGCGCGGUCAAGCUCCGAAAGAAGCUCAUGACCGAGGACGAGAGGCUCAUCCACAGCAUGCGGAGGGCCAAGAAAAAAGUUGCUUUACUUCUACAAAAGCUCAAGAAGUAUGAGCUACCAGACCUACCAGCUCCUCGUCAUGAUCCAGAGCUGUUAACAGCUGAGCAGCUACAGGCUUACAAGAAGAUUGGAUUCAGAAAUAAAAACUAUGUCCCUGUUGGAGUUCGUGGAGUCUUUGGAGGUGUUGUUCAAAACAUGCACAUGCACUGGAAAUUCCAUGAGACAGUGCAAGUUUGCUGUGACAAUUUCCCAAAGGAAAAAAUUAAGGAAAUGGCAUCAAUGCUGACAAGAUUGAGUGGUGGUAUAGUGGUUAACAUUCACAAUACCAAAACAAUUAUCAUGUUUCGUGGAAGGAACUACCGUCAACCAAAGAACCUCAUACCUUUUAACACGCUUACCAAACGGAAGGCUUUAUUCAAGGCUAGAUAUGAGCAGGCUCUUGAGUCACAGAAACUGAAUAUCAAGAAAAUAGAGACACAACUUCGUCGCAAAGGUAUUAACCCAGAGGACCCAGUUGCCAUGGCCAGCAUCCAGCGAGUUGCCUCGGCAUUCUUUCGAGCCAUAGACGAGCAGCAAGGUACUCCCUAUGUCUUCCAUGGGGAUAAACAACCUACUGCUGGGACUACGGAAUUAAAAGAAGCAGAUGUUGAGCCAGCUGAGGAUAGCGACCAGGAGGAGCUUGACAACUUCAUUGCAGAAAUAGAGAAUGCAGCAGAGAAGCAAUGGGAGGAAGAGGAGGCAGCAGAGAAAGAAGAAACUUCAAGGCUGCAGUAUCGCUACAGAGAAGAGAUGAUGGGUGAGCGGAGGGGUUUCAAUAGAAGCUAUGACAACUCAGAUGCCGAUGAUAGAACCCAGGGAAGAUACAGGAGAGAUAACGACAACAAUAAAUGGGCAACAGAUACAAGGAGAUGGGAUGAUGACAGUGAGAUAGAGGCGUCAGGUGAGGAUGUGGGUGAGCGCAGGGGUUUCGGGAGAAGCUAUGAUAACUCAGAUGCUGAGGAUAGAAGCCAGGGAAGACACAGGAGAGAGAACAAAAACAACCGAAGAACAUCAGGUUCGAGCAGGUUGGAUGAUGAUACCGAGGCGUCAGGCGAGGACUGGGACAUUGAUGAUGGCAGGGAUAGUAUGGUUGGAUUCGACAAGGAGAGGCAUGUACCUGAUGAACAUCCUCGGCGAUUUGACAGCAUGCGACAUGAGAGGAGUAGUUCCAGUCACAGGCAGAAUUAUAUGCCUGGGGCCUCCAGAAGUCCCAGCCGGACCCCAAAGAAUGCAGUUAGUGUUUCUGAGGACAGUGAGGAUGAUGUGUCAGACAGUGAAGAUGAUGAGGUGUGGGGAGCAGAUUACAAGGAAGAGACGAGCUCGAGUGCCCCGAACGUGAAUUUUCCUAAUUACAAGAGCAGCAGCGAGGAGGAGGAUACCGGCGACAACUGGAUGCGUGGUGGCAGAACCAGCCAAACGAAGAAGAAUACCGACGAGGACUGGGACAGUGACUGACAAAUUGAAAAAGAACAGUCAAGCCUGCAUCAUAUGUUGUCACAUUUCUGCAGGAGAGUUCGUUGGGCUUGUUUUUCGUGGGAGCAUCCGUCUCGGUGCUGCAGACGGUGCCGCUUGAUUCCACCUGACAUCAUGCUGGGUUGGGUGCUCAUAAAUAAUUGUUUGAAUUGCGUCUCCAAAUAUGUAGUUGGCGCAUCCCCGAAGGCCGAAGCAGUCUGCCAGUUGCCAGCAGCCGCGUGACCAUAAUAGCAGGAGGUCAUGGUGUUGUUGAAUGUUGUCCUUGGCUGAAAGUGUUUCGGCAGUUUGAUAGGUCGAAGGGGUCUGGUGGUUCUACACAUCUGAAUCUCUUGUUAUGAGAUCAUUCGUAAGAACGGGUUUGCCGUGAACAAAAAGGCUUGCACAUAGGAAUAUUUGAAGGCCCUACUUGUUGUGCCCCCUCGAGGCAUAUACAUUUAUUCAUUCAUCCAUUGGGAUGCUCACCAUAACGCAAAUGGCCAUUUUGUUUUCCAUCCUGGCUUAUUGGUCCCCUCCGUAUUUUGUGCCAAAUUUUGACCAUAGAUUUAACUAAUAAAUUGUUAAUACAUGUCAUAAAGAAUUAUGUCAUUCGGAUUCGUAUUUGAACAUAGUUUCUGAUGAUGUUAUUUUUGCUAUGUAUAACUUAUAUUUUAUUAGCGAAAAUCCUGGUUAAAAUAUGACCCUAACUAUGAGGGGGGCUAAUAAACCAGGACGUGUGUUGAGCAUGUCUGAGCCACCAUAUUUCAUAAAUCGUUACACGAUCUUAUUAUUUGAAAAAAAAAUCCUGGCAGUUCUAAUUAGAAUGCCCGGCUUGUGGGCAGGGACAGGAAGACGUGCGUCACAGCUCUCCUGCAGCGUCGCAAGGCAAAGAAAAUUUGGAGGCUGGUAAGAGUUGAAGAAUUGAUUGAUUUCUAGGGCAUGUGCUGGUGACCGAGCGGGUGAGGCUGCUCCGCAGUUCCUUCUCCACCUAUCUACUCAAGCCUGUGCUGUGCUCGGGCUGGGAAACAGCCGCGGGCUGUUUGCCGUUGGUGCCUGAUAGUGGGGAAGACAUGAACUAGUGCACCAAGGGCAGACACGGAUCGAGCCAUUCGAGUUCUUGUGUAGUUCUUGUGUCAAACUACAUGGUUGCCUAUUCCCCGAAGGCUAUGGCAAAGAAAGGAGGAUGGCUCAAACCUCCGAGUGGCUACACCAAGCUAGAUGUCGAUGCGGCAUUUGAUCACGACUUGCUCCGAGGAGCCACAGGCGCAAUCCUGAGCGUCUACUUGAUAGUUGUAUCGACGUCCUAUCAACACAAGCUCUAGCCAUGAAGUUCGGGCUCCAGCUCGCACAUAUUGGCUGGUUGCAACCGAGUAGUCAUAAACUCUAAUAAUCUGGAGCUAACUGAGGUAUGGUGGCAGAUCCUCAGGUGUUGUGGCUGUGAUUUUCGAUGAGUGCUACUCCCUCUGUUCCUAAAUAUAAGUCUUUUUAAAGAUUCCACUAUGAACUAUAUAUGAAUGUAUA